GAGAGAGAGAGAGAGGUAUCCAAGCAGCGACCCCCGACCUGAGCCGCAGGCAUGUGAGUAAAUUCUGCAACUCGUCUGAAAGCGCUCGGCAGCGGCUCGCGGCUCCACGAUGCGUCGAGACACUUCCAAACAUUUCGACGGAGGGAUGUAGAAAGCGCAGCCCACCAUCAACACCACCCCCCAGAAGCAGCCACCCAGCAGCUUAACUCCAAACUUUAGUCCGUCUGAGAAGCGUCGGGGACGGGCAGCAGCGGGGCGACGCCGGAGCUGGCGGUGGCAGCGAUGUUCCUGCGCUCUGCUGACGGGCGAACGGCGACGGCAUGAAGGCGGCGUUACGCACCCGCAGACGGCGCACUUUGCAGCGGCUGUGCUGCUGCGGCGGACUCGGGCUGCUGGCGGUCGUGUGGCUCGUACGAGCCCAACACCUGACAGAGACAAAGCCCUCAGGGACAGACUCAGCUGAAGAUGUUAGCCCUGACUGGUCCAGACGUAAGCUGAUGCAGGAUGGAAUCGAGAACCACACUAUAGAGCCACCUCGAGCAGCCAUCCAUGAAUUCCCUGAAGACAUCUUUACCAAGGAGCAGCGGAAGAAGGGAGCUGUGCUGCUUCAUGUGCUGUGUGCCAUCUACAUGUUUUACGCUCUCGCUAUCGUGUGCGAUGACUACUUCGUUCCUUCCCUGGAGAAGAUCUCUGAGAAUCUGCACCUCAGUGAGGAUGUGGCCGGAGCCACCUUCAUGGCCGCGGGAAGCUCCGCCCCUGAGCUCUUCACCUCUCUCAUUGGUGUGUUCAUCACUAAGGGAGAUGUAGGUGUGGGGACCAUCGUCGGGUCAGCUGUCUUCAACAUUCUGGUCAUCAUUGGAGUGUGUGGCAUCUUCGCCGGCCAUACUGUGGCGCUUACCUGGUGGUCUCUGUUCAGAGACUCUAUCUACUACAUUCUCUCCGUUCUGGCCUUAAUAAUGGUCAUCUACGAUGAGAGGGUUGUGUGGUGGGAGUCCAUGCUCCUGAUCUCCAUGUACGGAGUUUACAUUCUCAUCAUGAAGUUCAACAGUCAGAUUGCAGGCUUUGUGGAGAUGCGGGUUGGGGCUCCGGGCCGCUGCUGCAUCAGAGGAGAGAACCCCAGAAAUGAGGAGGUUGCAGAGGAGGGAGCAAACUGCAACACCUCCAUGGUGCUUUUGAGAAAAGGUCAGCCUAGCGUGGGGCAGCAGGAGUCUCCGGUAGUGAUGGUGGAUGAGCUGCUGAUCCUCAAGCCACACCAACUCUCCUUCCCAGAGGCAGGGCUGCGCAUCAUGAUCACGCCGCACUUCUCACCACGCACCCGUCUCAGCAUGGCUGGCCGCAUGCUUAUCAGUGAGAGACAGAGACUGAUCAGGGAGUCUGGGCAGGGGAGCAGCCCAGUCAAGUCAUUCGGCUCCGGAGGGAUCGAGAACGGAGGGAGUGUGGAGAGACCGCUGGAAGAUGGAGCGAGGGUGGACAGAGAUGGAGGAGUGAAAGCAGCAGACAACCCUCAGCCUGAGGAAGAGGAUGAUGGAGACGAAGUCUUCAGACCUCUCCAUGUGCCAGCUGGUUGUGCAGCUCGUGUUAAGUGGCUGGUGUCAUGGCCGCUGGGGCUGCUGCUGUACUACACAGUGCCCAACUGUAUUCUGCCACGCUGGCAUCGCUGGUUCAUGGUCACCUUCAUCAGCUCCACACUCUGGAUUGCCAUCUUCUCUUAUCUGAUGGUCUGGAUGGUCACCAUCAUCAGCUACACUCUGGACAUUCCUGACUAUAUCAUGGGCAUCACAUUCUUGGCAGCAGGCACCAGUGUACCAGACUGCAUGGCGAGCCUCAUCGUUGCCCGCCAAGGUAUGGGAGACAUGGCGGUAUCUAACUCCAUAGGCAGCAACAUCUUCGACAUCUUGCUGGGUCUGGGCUUCCCCUGGGCGCUCAGAACGCUGGUGGUGUCCCACGGAACAUCAGUGUUCAUCAACAAUAAAGGCCUGGUGUACUCAGUUAUCCUGCUGCUAGCCUCUGUCUUCCUCACAGUCCUGAGUGUUCACCUCAAUGGCUGGAAGCUGGAUCGACGAUUGGGUCUGGGCCUCAUGCUGCUCUACUCCAUCUUCCUCCUCUGCUCCAUCCUCUUUGGCCAGCUUUAGAGCCUUGGGCGCUCCCAGCAACCUGAUCCACAUCCAAACCCCUCAUUCAAACCGCUUCACUUCAUUAUUUGAGUUGAUUCAUUUCAUGUGGUUUACACUGGAUACUGUCAUUCAUUACCUGAACUGAACCUGAGGCCAGCAGAGGAGAAGACUUCUUAAAAACAGAAACCGAAUGAAGGAGAUAGCUUAACCAUUCAGACAACUGCCGUGAGCCCAACGUCAGUCCAAGCAAAAAGCGGUUUGCACAGCUUCACAGAAAGCUGCACAGAUGAUUGAGCGAAACCAGUGGUGCUUACCUUCGAAAAGCGGUUGCAGUACUCAAGGCUGUCAGUCUACUGACCACUCACCGAAGUUGCAUCGCUUCUAAACACUAAAAACAUGUCAUCUUGUGGCCGCUUCAGUAGAUUUACAGUACAGAGCAAGAUAAAAUUAUGCAGCACUGUGCAAAAGUCAGAGACCACCUUCUUGUUUAUUUAAUUUCCAGUCAACUUGGACAUUAAGUACAAGUUAUUCAUUUUUUCGUGUCACCAAAACCGACCCAACCAGAUAAACAAAUGUAAAGCUUUCAUCUUUGAGAGAGAACAGAAAAUCAAGCUGCUUCAGAUCUAAAAACAUCCACAGGUGUUUUUGUCCACCUUUCCACUGUGAGAAGACAACUCAGUGCUGUGGGUCUGAAAGGAUGUGUAGCUGACAUUAUUGAGAAAAAGACAAAAAAAAGUCCACUUGCACUAGAAAAACCCAAACUGGACCUGAGAUAUAGAAGGAUUCCAGACUGAUGAGUUAAGUUGUGUUUGAGAUUGUUGGAUCACAAAAACGCAGAAAACGUAACCUAAGACUGAAUUUUAGAGGUGUGGAAAGAAUCUGGAAGCUGUAAUAAUGGCACAGAGUGACAAAUUUGGACAAACUGGUACCACUUUAGAAAGAGACAUUCUUAAGAAAAAGGGUUCUUUGGCUUAUAACAAUAGUGAAACCCUUUUUGGUGCUAUAAAGAACCACGUACAGCACCAUCAAUCUGAAGAACCAUUUCAUGAUGCAAAGAAGCAAGCAAAGUUUGAGUAUUCAUGGUUCUAUAUAGAACCAUUUUCUUUGCUUUAGGGUUCAUGAAUGCUUUAAAAUGAGUUUAUUAAUGGCUAUUACUUAGGUCAUAAACACUUUAAAAACAUUAAUAAGCAGUUAUAUAACAGUAAUGAAAAGGUGAGCUAUUAUAUAUGAUUAAUAUGAAUGUGAAGCUUUAAUGCUGAGUGAUGGAAGAGAUGAAGUAAUCUGAGUAGAAAUUAUGUGCGUUCACUAUUAGGCAAACAGCAGGUCAUUGUUUCCCUUUUUAUUUGUGUUGUAACUGCUUAUUAAUGAUUAUAAGGUGCUUAUAACUUACUUAUUAACUAUUAACCCCUUACCAAGCCAUAAGCCCGCUGGCAGGCCCAGAGUGUUAUUACACACUUCUAUAACCUAAGAAUAGCUCUACUGGUUUGCACUGACGUCCCUGUAGUUACGGACUAAUAAGCCUUAGUAUGUAAUAAGACUGGGAUUUUAAGAGGUUAAAUAUAACAGCUCCCCUUUUAAUGUGGUAUACCUGCUUAUUAAUGAUUCUUAAAGUGUUAAUGACCUCAGUAAUAACCUUUAAUGAAGUCAUUUUAAACCAUUCAUAAACCCUUUAUAAAGUAGUCUUAUUCUGCUCUGGUACCAACAAAUGUAAUAUAGCAUUUAGGUGUUGUGUAAUUUUAUGUUAACUUUGUUUUCUGCUUGCUGGAAAAUUAACAACUUGGACUUAAUAGCCGUUUCCACUACAAAUGAAACACAGGAGGGUUGGACUUUUGCACAGAGCUGAAAAUACAGGACAGCAUGAAACAACCAUUUAAAUCCAAUCUGCUUCAAACGUUCACCUCAUACAAGCGUGGAACAAAUCAUGAGCUGAAACCAUUACAAGGUGUUUAUUGUGUAAAUGGUACGAUGCAGCUUUAAGAGACGUCUAAAUGGAAUAUGGAGCACUUGCUGAAGUUCACAUUUGAUGUGCUGUGACUUUUUAAACAAAAUAAAUAGCCGUGUCGAUGGAGCAUGCAUGCACCUCUGUCAUACAGGUACAGUUCAUCUGGUUCCAACUUCUUGCCUCCAACUUUGGAAACUAGUUAGGUUCGUGUUUGUAUACCUGAGAUGUUCAGUAAUCUUGUUGUGUUGUAAUUACAGUAUAUAUGUUUUGCACUGACAGUAGCAAUACUUCCGUAACCAUGGACAAAAAAACGUCCCGAUGUGUUUUGGAUGUGAGACUUAUUGUUAGGGUGUCUGAAUAUUUUGAGCGAGAGCGCGAGAGAGAGAGCGAGAGCACGCGCGAGAGAGAGAGAGAGAAUAUGAGAGAGAUAAUAGAUCUACAGAGAUUUCAAAUAAAGAUGCAGUUUUGUUACUAGUGUUCCUGAACACAAAAAAAUGUUCAUAUAGUUUUUUCUUCACAGAUUUUUAAAAAUCACUUUAGGAAAUAUGCCGUGAACUCUUGGAUUUAUAGACUUUCUAGAUUAGCACUAUUACUAUUUAAGACGUUUCUAUUUGCAGUGAGUGUCACAAUGUUUGAUAAAAGUUCGUACGGGUUUUGUUAUCAUGGUUGUGUAUGUUUAGGUACGAUCAAUGUUUAUAUUUCCGAGAUAAAAAUCUUUAAAAUAUAUCGCUGUUGUCUGAAGAAAAUCUUGUACCUCCAAGGAGAAGAAAAAAAUCGACUUCACUUUUAAUGUAAUUCAACGAAACCAGAAAU